AAAUUAGCAUGGCUUCUUUUCAUCAAAGCUCCACCUCCCUGAAAAUGCACUUAUAUAUACUAUCAUUCUAUGGCAGUGGUAUGUACACUUGAACCUGAGCAAUGUUUGAUUAAUUUAGUUAUGUAAUUGUCUAUGUAUUUGACAAUUUGAAAGAAGUAAUAAUAUCCUAUGAUCAGUGAAUUGUUUGCUGACCAGUUUGCAUAUUUCAGCUACCUGCCUUCGAACUUCUGGAAAACUAUUAGAUGAUUUAUACGAGUUUAUAAGAGCAAUAAUUGCUUCCUCUCUGCAUAUGUUUCCUGCUGAACCUUGUUCAAUUUCCUGUAUCAACGAUAACUAACAAUUUAUCAAAAUUCUUGGUCAUUGAAGCUUUAAACUUAAAUAAUUUAGUAUUAAGACUUGUUAAAUUGUGCUAAGAAAAUACAAAAUAUAUAAUUACCUCAUCAAAAUCCUUGUUGAUUGUUUUAAGAAAGUGAUCAGCAUGGUUCACAAGGGUCGGGCAAGGGAAGCCAUUCAAUGCAAGAAACUACAUCAUGAAGAAUGCAAGUGUGAUUAAUUAGUUGCAUAUAUAUAUAUAUAUAUGCAAAUUAUACAGUACUGCAUUGGACAGUCUAGAUAAUUUCACACACUACUGUGUGUGAAACGAUUAUAACACGCCUGCGUGUUGUACAGCAGAGGAUCUUGACUCAGCUACUAAAAGCUUACAAUUACCUCAUUUGCCUCGCUAGCAGUGCCAAAGUAUACGGUUCUGCCUGAAGAAAGAAGACACAGAUUGUGGAAGAGUGCGAAGAUUUCGGUGCUUGGCUGAUGAAUGGAAGUGAUGACAGUCCUUCCAUCCUUCCGAUCGAGCUCUGCAAUUCGUUUCAUGACAUAGUAUGACGCGGCGUUGUCAAGGCCACUUGUUGGUUCAUCAAGGAAGAGAAGCUUUGGGCGUGUUAGGAUCUCUUUGCAUAUGCUAACUCUCCUCUUUUGUCCACCAUUAAUGCCCUUAGCACCCCAUCCUCCAAUCCUUGUGUUCACACAGUCCUACAAGCCCAUCUCUUUAAUGGUCAUUUCUGCCCUCUCCCUCUUCUCAGAUUCGGACAUGGAAUUUGUUAGUUGGAGCUGAGCAGAGUAGUAAACUGCUUCUCUAACCGUUAGGGUUGUUAUUAAAGUAUCAUCUUGUGUUACAUAAGCCUAUUUGGGUAAAAAAAAAAAAAAAAAUUCAGUAUAAAUAAGUAGUCUAGACAUGUAGGGCUGGAAAUGAAACGAGUUGAUGAAGACUGACUGGAAUUCAUUCGUUAACUAAACAAGUUUUUUAGCUCCAUUAGUAAAACAGCCGAUCUGAACAUUCAUAAAUAUAGGUUUGUUGUAUAUAAUUAUGAACUUUUUGAGCUAAUGACAAUCCCAAACUGAAUGACAAACAAACGGGUCUGAGCUUGAAUAGACUGAAACUUGACUCGACUUGAUUCAUUUACAACUCUAUGAAGAUAUUUAUAACCAUAUUGAUUACUCUUUAGGGUCUAUAGAUGAAUCAAGAAAAUGUAAUUAUCUUAAUCAUUUUCCUUACCGAGGUUCCGUAAGCCAAUGCUUGUUUGCAACCAUUAAUCAAAAUCUGGCCGGCUUGUCUUGUGUUUGAGUCUAAUCUCCCUGCAAUAUGAGUUAAAGUUAUGGUGCUAUUUACCAUAGGAUCAUCAACUAACUGCCAUACUUAUCUAAAAAUAGCUCAUAAUUUAAUUUAUUUUUUGUUAGGUAAAUACUUUCACAACUACAGAUGCACGGUCUGGGACUCAACCCCUCACUUCCUCAAAAGGGAGGAGUGUUAUACCGCUCUAAUGAACAGGGGCCACACCAAAGGCUAUCUUGCAGAUAAUGAAUAUGAGGGGACUGACUCUUUACCACUUGAAGAGUCACUUGCAGGCUACAAAAAGAAAACCACCUCUGCUGGACCAGUCUUGGAGGGCUCAGGAUCUUCCGGGAGCUCAGUGCCAUCAACGAUUAUGAAUGAGUCUCCAUCAGAAAAUGAAAGAAAGAUGCAUGAGAAAACCGAGGUCAAAGCUAGGAUUGCGGUUGCCGUUACUUUUUUUGUUGCCGCUAUAUAUUUUGUAUGGCUCAUGAAGAAGUUGCAUAUAUGGAAGAGAGAGACUUCAUAAAGUAAGAAGAUAUAAAGAAUGUUUGUUUUAUUUUGGUUAAGUAAAGAUGUAAGGUGUGGUUCAUGUAUUUCUCUGAAAUUUGUUGUAUAUGGUUAAUUUUUGUAUAAAACCAUGAUUUGGAAUUGGUUAUAUAUAUAUAUAUAUAUAUAUAUAUAUAUAUGAUGUUAUUGGCCAGUUGUAAGUUAUUUUAGUUAUGAUGCUAUUUUUUUAUUUAUUUAGGGUUUGUUUCUGGGGUCCUUG